CUCUUCUUGUAAGACAAUUGAACAGUCUGUGUUUUGCUGGCAGUCUGAACCGUUUUGAGCUUUUCCUCUCUUUUCGCUGCUGCAUCCACAUUCCCCGUGAUGCUGGCCAUUGCUGCUUGGCUGCACUCGUUGCUGCCAGAGCGAGGCGGACAAGAGGCAGGAGGAGCCACAGGAGGACUGAUGACGGGCGCUUCAAGCGCAAUUCGGAGCUCAGCGUCGACCCGCCUCGCGUCCACUCGCCCACAUCGACCCGUUCGCAUCGUGCUUGGACUCUCUGGCUCUGUUGCUGCCAUCAAGGCGCCGCUGCUCGUGCCGCUCAUCAAGCAACGCGUCGCCGCUGCGUUCCAGCCGGCAGAUUCCGCCACAUCCACCUCCGUCGAGGCCGACAUCAAGGUCGAGCCGUCACACGAGGACUCCAAUAACCUUGAAGUAGUGCCACCAAGCGCCCCAAUCCAAGUGGAAGUGCAUGUCGUUGCAACGGAGCACGCUGCGCACUUUUUCAAUGCCGAGUCGCUCAGAAGCGAAACUGCCAACCAGACUGGUGUAUUGACAGAUGUACAUGAAUGGAAAUGGUCAAAAAUCGGCGAUCCAGUGUUGCACAUUGCUUUGCGCGGCUGGGCAGAUCUCCUUGUAAUUGCUCCGCUAGACGCCAACACUCUUGCCAAGCUGAGCCAUGGCAUGUGCGAUAACCUGCUUACUUGUAUCGCCCGGGCCUGGGAUUACACCACACGCCCACUUAUCGUCUGCCCAGCAAUGAAUACGUUCAUGUGGGAUCAUCCCGCGACUGCACGGCAACUGGAUAUGCUUCAAUCUCUGGGGAUGGAGAUUGUUCCUCCAAUUGCAAAACGGCUUGCGUGUGGCGAUCUAGGCUUUGGCGCCAUGGCCGAGGUUCAAACCAUUGCCGAUUUUGUAGCAGAGCGAGUUCGCACUCUCGACCUCCAUGCUAUCGACGCGGCCAACGAACGUGCAACAGGACGCGCGAGUUCACCACAGCUCCCGUCCUUUGACUAGUUUUUUUGAAAACAAGUCUGUCAAAAAGUCUUUUUAACACAAAAAAACCAUUGGUUUGAUUUCAAUUGUUUCAUUGUUGUUUUGUAAAAAUACACACAUCACUCAUUGCGA